AUGUUGAAGAGUGUUGUUCCGCCUCUUCCUAAACCAGAGCAUCUUCCUCGAUUAGAAAAAGCUAUCAAAAAGCAGAACGAAGCUCUUGAAAACGUUUCUUCAGAUCUUCAUGACUAUUUUGCAAAAUCUUUUUUUGCUUUUGCCAAAAGUAGCCCAGAAGAGCUUCGCCCGAUAUACGAACGCUUUGUAAACUCUGGUGCUAGGUUCGCUAACUCAUUUUCUACAUUCGUAAAGAAAAUCGUUCCAACAAUCAAUUCAAUCAAAGACUUAGAAGAUAAGUUUUCUCAUACUCAAAAGUUAUUCAACCAAUACCAAGAUGAUAUUAAAGAUGUUCGUAAUGAAGAAACAUUAGAAAAUAUUGAACAAGAGAAAGAACAUUUACUUAAGUUUGUCGAAGAGUUCCAGAAGACAAACACAGAAUCUAAUUCACUUCUUCCUUGCUUCUUAGUCUUAUACACGGCAAGUUGCACUGCUCUUUCUACAGAUGCUUCCGAAUUUUGCCAAGAAAUUACAGAAAUUGUCGAAGGCUACAAGAAAUUGGAUACAUCUAAGGAAGAACAAGAACUUGCCGAUACUAUCAAAGGCCUUGAAGCAGAACUUCAAGAAUACAACGAAAAAAAGGCUGCAAAGUCAAAACCACAGGACAAAGCACCUGAACCAGAAAAUACUAAAGAAGAGCAACCUGAUAAUUCACAACAAGAAGAAACAAAACCAGAAACACAAAAUGAUAAAGCAAAUUCAGAAGAAAAAAUCGAAGAAAAGACAGCACAAUAA